AUGGCAGAGGGAGGCUUUGACCCUUGCGAGUGCAUCUGCACUCAGGAGUACGCUAUGAGGCGCCUCAUUAACCUGCUUAGACAAUCUCAGUUCUACUGCACAGACACAGAGUGUCCUCAGGAGUUGCCAGGACCCAGCGGGACAGUGGGCGGAGGAGGUGACCUGACCCUCCCCAUGGUUGUCAUGGGCUGGGUGGUGGUGGCCCUAGUUCUGUUUCUGCUGCGCCCAUCCAGUCUCAGGGGAGCCCGUCCUGCAGGCAAACCCACUGGACCUCGCAAUAGUGAUAGAAGGGAGCCCCCAGCACCACCUGUGGACUAA